AAGCGACGCGCGAUGAGUUCGUCUACAGGGAAAGAAAUUUGUGGAAUUUGCGGGAUGAAAAGGCUCAUCAUGCAUCGCAACCUAAUGAAGGUGAAGACGAAGUUUUCAAGCACCACGGUAUUUCAUUUGCUGGAACGUUUUUCUGAGCGGAAGCUUUCGCAUCGAACCACCAACUUAGUAGAGUCCGGUGCUUGUAGCGAUUGCUAUGCCAAGCUGAACGAUUACGAUGCCGCUCACACGAAAGCACUAAUCAUACAGCAAGAGCUGACGGAUCUGCUGCAAAACGGCAGCUUGCGUAUAUUUGAAGACGUGCAGGAACUGCGUGAGGAAUGUGUGGACGAAGACAAGCACGAGAACAAGGCUAAUGAAAUCAAAUGGGUUCCACAUCUGGAGCAUCCUGGAGAGGUUCGUGUGGUUGACGACAAAAAACCAACAUUCUCCAUAGCUGGUUUGUCCACUAUUCGCGUUUCUAUGAAAUGCAAUGUAUGCGAAGAACUAUUUAACAACAUACACGAUAUGAAACUACAUUCCCAUGAUGAAGCUAACUGUGAAGAGCAGCUGGAUAUGCUGGGAAGGGAAUCCGCUGUUCGAUCACCGACGCUGGUCAUUGAGACGGUUAAGUCGGAACGUGCAUCACCGGUUAAUUUUGAUGAUGAUGCUGAUGAUUACAUGGAUUAUACUAUCAGUAUAGUGAAAGAGGAAGUAGAUGAAGAAGAAGAACGUGUGGAAUAUUACUCGAAUGCGGAGGACGACUCGGAAGCAAGUGUGAAAAAGGCUGUACAAUUUAAAUGUUUUAUCUGUGAAGCCAAGUUUGAAAGUAAACAUAAUCUUAGGGUACACUUCAAAACGAACCAUCCGAGCAGUAGUACGGAAGGAAACAUAUGCAAAGUGUGCGGCAUUUCCACCAAAACCCGGGCGGCACUUGCAAGCCACUAUGGAAAGCACGUUCGGGAAACACAAUUAACGUGCGAGCUGUGCAACAAAAAGUUCACCCAAAGAUCAUCUCUGCAGCGCCACAUGGCGAUCCACAAGGGAGAGAAGUCGUAUCAGUGCGAUUUGUGCGGAAAACAGUACCUUCACUAUUCGUCGUUCUAUAUGCAUCAACUGGCGCACAAGAACGUACGUAACAAGGAGUGCAACAUCUGCGGAUUUUUGCUACGAUCAAAUUCUCAUUUGAAGCGCCACAUGCGGACGCACUCCGGUGAAAAGCCAUUUGCUUGUCCAGUAUGUGGUCAAAAGUUUUCACAAAGGUACAACAUGGUGCAACAUCAAAAAACACACAAAGGCAUUAAAUGGCGAUCCGAUAAAACGUUUAACUGUACCUCUUGCGAUUACAUUAGCAGUCGGAGCAUGCUAAUGAAAAGGCAUAUGUUGAAACACCACGGCAAAGACAUGAACACGUCAGAAUGUUCUAAAUCGACGGACGGAAUGAAACAAGAGGACGGAAUUGCAACCACUUAA